AUGUCAUCUAAUAAUAAACGAUGUUCAUCAGGUAUUUCACCAACAACACAAACACAAUCUUGUGGAUCAACAAAACAACUUUCAACGUUAUCUCGUUCAAAAACAUGUAGUUUUACUGGUACAACAUCAUUAAAAUCUAAACAAGAACGUCUUCAACCACUUGUAACAAACAAAAAUUCACAAUUAAAUAAUGAAAUACUUCUUGAUGACAUUAAAAAUCUUCAUCCGGCAAUGGUCAAUGAACUUUGUUUACAUGCACGAGGACUUGUUACAAUACCGAAUUUAUCUCAAUUUAGUAAAUUACAAAUGUUAGAUCUUUCAUGUAAUAAUUUAACACGUAUUGAAAACUUAAGAAAUCUAUUGAAUUUACGUGAAUUAAAAUUAUAUGGAAAUAAAAUUGAACGAAUUGAAAAUCUUGAAUGUUUAAAUCAAUUACAAAUUCUUCAAUUACAAUAUAAUGAAAUUCAAUCAAUUGGUUCUGGUCUUAUAUAUCUAACUCGUUUACAAUCACUUCGUAUAGAUUCUAAUAAACUCUCACUAAUUCGAUCAGAUGAAGUAUUAAAAUUAUCUCAACUUAAAACUCUUGAUAUAUCCGAUUGUACAAUAGAAAAUCUUGAUUUUAUUAAUACACUUUCAUCUAUAACAGAUUUACGUGCAUGUCAUUGUUAUUUAAAAACUUUACCAAAUCAAUUUCGUAAUCUUCGUUAUUUAAUUGAUCUUGAUUUAUCAAAUAAUGAACUUAUUAAUAUAACAUCAUUAAAAAAUUUACCAUCAUUACGUAUUCUUCGUUUAGCUAAUAAUCAUAUUCAAGAUAUACAAAUAUUAUCGACUCUUAUACAUUUAAAUGAACUUGAUUUAAAUAAUAAUCAAAUUAAUUUAUUACCAAAUACAUUUGAUAAACUUAUUGAUUUACAAUAUCUUGAUAUAUCGAAUAAUCGUAUUAAUUCUUGGGAUGAUAUUAAUGUUAUUCGUCGUAUGAAUUCACUUUUUAUUUUAAAUAUUAGUGGCAAUUCAUUUCUUUCUCAAGUAGAAAAUUCUAUUGAAAAAUUAUUAGAAUAUUGUCCAUCAUUAGAAAUAAUUGAUGAUGUUAGUUUACAGAAUGAUGAUUCAAAAAUAAUUCCGAGUACAUCAAAUGAACAAUUAAUGAAUAUUGAUAAAGAAUUAAAAGAAAUUGAUCAAUCACUUGAAAAAUCAAUAGCAACAGUUCAAGCACAAUUUGAUAUGAUCUUAAAUGAUUUACAAAAACUUAAUACAUUGGAUAAUGACAGUAAAGAAGACGAAGAAUUAAUGACCAAUAAUUCUGUAGAAUCAAAUGUUUCAAAUAAAAAAUCAAAACAUCGUCUCUUUCAAGCAUUAACAUUCAGUGAAGAAAAUUAUCAAAAUUCAAAUCAAGACACGACGAAUAAUGUCUAA